AACCCUAAAUAUAACAUCCAACCAUAAGGAAGCUAGGGUUUGCAGCUGCGGCUCGUAAGCAGAGGUAUAAUACACAACAGAGAGCUUCAGUUUCACCUCCGUUGCCGUCACCAUGGGUCGUAUGCACAGUCGCGGUAAGGGUAUUUCAUCCUCAGCUUUGCCUUACAAGAGAACUCCACCGAGUUGGCUGAAGAUUUCUGGCCAAGAUGUUGAGGAUAACAUUUGCAAGUUUGCAAAGAAGGGUCUGACUCCUUCUCAGAUCGGUGUUAUUCUUCGGGACUCUCACGGUAUUGCUCAGGUCAAGAGCGUUACUGGAAGCAAGAUUUUGCGUAUCCUUAAGGCUCAUGGACUUGCCCCUGAAAUUCCUGAGGAUCUGUACCACCUUAUCAAGAAGGCUGUUGCAAUUCGGAAGCAUUUGGAGAGGAACAGAAAGGACAAGGAUUCCAAGUUCCGUUUGAUUCUUGUUGAAAGCAGGAUCCACAGGCUUGCUCGUUACUACAAGAAAACAAAGAAGCUUCCUCCUGUCUGGAAAUACGAGUCCACCACCGCCAGCACCCUUGUGGCUUAAGCUAGGUUUUGCAUCUUGGGGUGGCAGCAAUACUCUUUAUGAGCAAGAAUGAUGUUUUCAUUGUCUAGUAUAUUCCAGAUGUAAGACCUUUAUUCAUAGAUUUUAAAAGAUUUUGUUUUGUUUUGUUUGGGAGAACUUGGAAGAGAAAUUUAGAACUUGUUCUGUUGCUGAAUGUUUGCUUCUUUUUUGAGCAUUUGUGUUUUGGAUUAACCUUUUGGGCAAAA